CUGCUUGUGAGAGAUCCGUUGCCUCUGUCUCUGCCUGGGACAGCGGACUAGUAACGUAAGACUGAAAUAAAUCAGGUUUUAAUAUCGGUUAACUAAAAUACAGGUAGACAUUCACACUCUGUCGGAUGUAUUAUUUCUCUCCAACUGUUCCAAACUUUCAACACAAAAAGGAGACUUAACAGGAAACGGACUGCACAGAUUUCAACUCCUCAGCGACCCUUCAGUUCUGGACAUCUUUGAGCCAUGUUUGACAAGCAGCACUACGAGAGUCCACCCGUCUACAGUCCUCCUUUUACCCCCCCAUCAAACAAGGGCUUUGGAUCUCGAGGCAGCUUCCAGACCCCUCAGAGCGAUUACAACGCUUACCCACCUCCACCCGGAUCUUACUACAUCGAGGACAGGCCGCAGAACUUCUACAAAUGGCUGUCACCCCCGGGGAUCGUCAAGGCCAUGAUGGCUUCAGUGAUUGUGUUGUGCGUGGCCAUAUUUGCCUGCGUGGCGUCCACUCUCAUGUGGGACAUGCAGUACGGAAUGGGAAUGGGAAUGGGAAUGGGCUACGGAAGCGGUUACACAGGUGGCAGCUUCGGUUCAGGAUAUGGCGGUUAUGGUGGUGGAGGUUAUGGGGGUUACGGAGGCUACAACAACAACUACGGCUCCUACGUCUCACCUUACUCAGCCAAAACAGCCAUGAUCGCAAUGGCUGCCAUUAACUUCUUUGGGGCACUGGCCUUCUUCAUCGCAAGCUUUUCAAAAUCUAAUAUUGUCCGCAGCCGGAAGUUCUUUCUGGCCCUGCUGAUAAGCUGCGUCAUCAUGGCUGUCCUGCAGGGCAUCAUUAACAUCGUCUACAUCGUGGGGGUGAACCCCAUGGCCCAGGGCUCCUCCAGUAUGAUGUACAACCCCAUGCUGAUGAUGUGCCAGAACCUCUACCAGACCAGCUACUCACAGAUGGGAGGAGUGGGAGGCUUCCCAAUUUACAACCAGUAUCUCUAUCAUUACUGCUUUGUGGACCCACAGGAGGGAGUGGCCAUGGUGUGUGGAUUCCUGGUCGUCAUCGCCUUGGGCGUUGCAACUUUUUUCGCGUACAAAACAAGAGGGAAAAUCUGGCGCUAUGGGAAGCCAAACAUCUACUGGGAUGAGCCGCUUGUCGGUGGGAAAGCCUCAGAGGGCAGAGAUGUAGAGGAAUGGGUGAACAAUGUGGAGGAAAGCCGCAGCGUGCAAGAUGCCCCGACCCUGCUGGUGUCAGAGAAGGGAGGCGGGCUGCUCAAUGCAUCAGCAAACAGCGUCAUCUCCUACCCUCCAGCCAAGGUGGACAGCAGCUCCUACAAUGAGGACACCUUCGACAACAACCAGUACUCAGAGAGGACCACCAGCAGACCAUCGGAAGCCUUUUCCAAUGGUGGAGGAACCAGCUCCAGCCCCUCGGAGGAGAUUGGUGGGGUCCGCAAACCCUCCGCCAACAGGGGCAAGAGACGCCGACGUAACCCUGAGAAAGAUGAGUCUCAGUAUGAGACAGAGUACACAACAGGGGGAGAAACAGGCAAUGAACUCGACGAUGAAGAAUGGGAAAGAGCGUACCCAGACAUAAGAUCUGAUGCUGUGCGUCAUGAGUAUAAGAGAGAGUUUGACACAGAUCUGAAGGAAUACAAGCGUCUGUGUGCAGAGAUGGACGACAUAAAUGAUCAGAUGAACAAACUAAGCCGGCAGCUGGACUCACUGGAUGAAACCUCUGUAAAAUACCAGGCUGUGGCAGAGGAAUAUAAUCAGUUAAAGGAUCUUAAACAGACAUCCGACUACCGAGCUAAGAAGAAAGAGUGUCGCAGGCUGAGACACAAACUGUUCCACAUCAAACGCAUGGUGAAGGACUACGACAAGAACCACUCGUGAAUCCACCGAGUCCUGACGCUCGGCUCUGCGCUCUACUCAGCAGACACUCACAGCCAAGAUACACUCCGACACACGACAAAGACUGUGACAUGACCAAAGUUACCUGUACAGAAACCCACUCACACACACAUACACACACACACACACACACACACACACACAUAGGGAACAUCCUGUAUGUUAAUAAUAACGGUCUUCUGUGUUUUCCUUCAUUCACUCAUCACUUACAUAUAAACAAUGUAAUUGUUUUUUAGAGGGAUCAUGGUAACAGGACUCUCAAUGAGCACUGCCAUUUCCUGUUAGAUUCAGCUCUUUGUUUUUUCAGGGUUGAGCCUCUCGUCUGGAUCAGAGAGCGUGGCUGGUGAGAGGCGACCUUCAGUCACCUGUGAUAACACUGUGCUUGGUUUCUGUAGCUCUGUUUGCUCUUCAGAUUGGAAACAUUUCUUAGUUUGAUCUCCACAGAUAAGAAGCAGAGCAGUAUGGUAGAGGAUGUAGUAAUGGGACAGACAGGUUGCUGGGGCUGAUAGUGAGUCAAAUAUGCAGUGUCUUUAACCCUUGGCAUGGCAUUAUCUCCAUCACAAAUGAUCUUAAGUUGUGCUUUUCUUUAUGUUUGUGUUAGUGUUUGUAACUAACCUCAACAUCACUGAAGGUAUCUGCCUGGACUUUGUGUACGUCUCCCACGUUCUGGCUUUCAGACAAAGAUUUUGACACUGAUUAUGAUCGAUGCAGUGAGACCAAAAAGUGGACAAACCGGCCAAUGAGAUGUGUGGUAUUCUUGUUUUGUAUAUACUUUUAAUGAGUCUGGUUCUCAUACACUUCAAGAACAAAUGUACAAUUGCAUUUAGAAGGUUUUACAACAUUUGUGAUGACCACGGUUAUUUGUACAUACUGAAGACCCACAGUGGCUUUUUUUUUUUUUUUAAUCAUUCAAAAUGUACUUAAGCUAUGCAAUUUAAUAAAACCCUGUGGACUAUUUUUGUUUUUCUACCAUGCAUGCUUCUCAAAAAACUGGUAAACACUGUUUCUUUCACAAUGUAUAAGCUACACUCAUCUUAUUAUUUUGACCACUGAAAACGAUCAUCUGCUGAUUCCAUGUGUUCUAUUUUUGUGUAUUAAUCCACUUAAUGUGCAAAGUGUUACGAUCUUGUGUACGUCUAAAAAAUGAUUCAGACACGGUUUUGAUUUGUCAUGCUUUUGUAUUUUUAUGAAGAACAUUGUUGUCAUUCUACAAACUGUUUGCGAGCCAUUUAUUUUUGUAUGAAUUUAUUUUCUUUGAUGCUAUUAGAAGACCAUUUUUGUAACUGUAUACUUCCAUCAGGCAUGACGUUUAAAAAGUAUUCAAUUGUGUAAGCAAUAAACAUUUCUAAUUCUCUAAAAUAUAA